AAUAUCGCGAUUUGAAUCGGACACGGUGGAUCCCCGGAUGUUGCUUUGGAUGCAGGUUGAGCUAAACCUAUUUGUCGCUAAGAAUUUGUUCUCCGGUUAUUUCGUUCCAUGGUAAUAUGUUUAUUUGUUAUGUGUAGGCGUAUUUCUUCGGUAACAAUUGCUCAAUGUAUGUGACAAAUAUGCAAAAGUAUACGCCUUGUAUACAUUAAAUACCCGUAAGUGAGAGAAUUGACGGGCAGAAGGUGUGCCGGAGUUUUAGGAUAAUAUCGGGAGUUGGACCGACCUCAACGAGGGGAAAAUGCAGGAGAGCAACCUCCUGAGCAUUUGAGGAUGAAGUCCAGGAGAGCUGGACCUCCUGAUGGAGGUUACGGCUGGGUGGUUGUGGCAUCAGCCUUCUGCACCAUGGGUCUUACGGCCGCUGUCCUAAAAAACUACGGCCACUUCUUCCUGGACAUCCAGAGUCACUUUGGAGUUCUGACCAGCACUACCUCCUGGGUUACCUCGUCCACAAUCGCCAUGUUUCACAUCGGAGCUCCGGUGGCCAGUGCUCUCACUUUACGGUUUUCUCAGAGGGUGGUAAUGAUAGCCGGAGGCCUGUUGUGCACUUUGGGGUUGUUUUUGGCAUCACUGGACCUCAGUCUGCCUUGGCUCUUCCUCAGCAUGGGCAUCAUACAAGGAGCAGGUAUUUCCUUCACUUGGAUUCCUGCCAUGAGUAUGGUGAGUCACUACUUUGUUCGGUGGCGUCCCAUCGCAUAUGCCAUUGCCAGCUCAGGUGAGUGCGUAUUCGCCAUCGUGUUCAGUCCUUUCUUCAAGUGGCUCAUUGAGACGUACGGAUGGCAGGGGGCUUUGCUCCUCGUUGGGGGCCUUCAGCUCAAUCUCUGCAUCUGCGGCGCGCUUAUGAGACCCCUGGAGACGAGCCAGACUUCCACACAGGAGAGCGGAGAGGACGAUGCCGCUGCGCUCCCAUCAAAGCGGAGGGCGCUCUUCCAGUGCUCGGUCCUGAAAAACCCGGAAUUUCUUCUCUAUAUUCUGUUUGCAAUAUUUGCGGCAGCAGGGUUUUUCAUCCCCACUCUCUUCCUGGUGCCCUUCGCCAACAGUGUGGGCAUAGGCGACUACUGGCCCGCCUUCAUCCUGUCUGUGCUGGCAGUAGCGGACCUGGUGGGGAGGUUGUUCUGCGGGUGGCUAGCUAACAUGGGGUUUCUGAGGAACCUGCAGCUGCUCUCCAUCGUAGCCACUCUGCUCGGAGUCGUCUUGCUCCUUCUUCCCGUCAGCCACAACUACUGGUCCAUCCUGGUCUUCGCCGUGCUCUACGGCUUCCUGUUCGGCUGCGUGGUGGCCAUUCACGUCACCUCCAUCGUGGACAUCGUGACCCUGGAAAGAUUCGACAGUGGUCUGGGCCUCUUUAUGCUGUUCAGGAGCAUUGGAGGCUUCAUUGGUCCACCUGCAGGAGGCUGGCUGGUGGACCAGACAAAUGACUUCAGCUCUGCCUUCUACCUCUCAGGCUUCUGCCUAAUUUCAUCAGCAGUGUUUGUUGUUCUGGUGGACUGCCUGAUCCAGAAGAGGAAAGCUGUGGAGAAUGAACUUUGUCAAGGAACAUUCCCAGAGGACGAUAGGGAAACAGGAAAAGCCAUAUGAAACAUAGCUGUGUAAGAAUUUUUAAAUGUGCUCAAUGUGCCAGUUUGACUGCUUAGUGAUGGAUGGCGUUUGGUUUUAUUCAAGCAGCUAGAUUAUUAGACUUCGAUUCGCUUGUGGGGCAGCUUUAGGUAACUGAAUGCAUAAUUUAAACUGAGAAUUUUUUGUUAUUUGUGUUUUAUUUUACAUAUGUCUGCUAAAUUAACCAAAAAUAAAUCAGGUGAUUUCAUUAUUGAAAAUAUCUGUAAACAAGUAACAAACAUGGUAACCUUUGCUUUUGGUACUUCCUGUGAAUAUUUACGAACUUGACAUUUUCGCUGAGUACUUUGCAUCAGCAUGGAGGAAGUUUAGAGCAUUUCUCCUGUCAGACCCGCUAAAUCUGUGAGAAAUUGCUCAGUUUCCACAAUUGUUGGAGAGGCCAGUUAGGCAUGAAAAACUAUAGGAUUUGGUCAUGUAAUUGACGGCAGAGCACAGAGACACUCUGAAGGUCCAAUAGCCUCUCUGAAUGUUGGGCAAUACUUGAAAUACCUCCUCAGUAGGUUGCAAUAUGCCUAUAAUGUUCUGCCUCUUAAAGAAGCCCUUGCACAAUACUGGGCUUUCAUUCACCAGUAGCAGGGGUUCAUAGCAAUAUGCCUGUCAGACUUAUGGAUACAGGCCCCUGGUGAUAUGUCAACUGCGUGGAGGGGCACAAACAUUUGUUUUCCCACUUUUCUAUGAAACCAAGUUUUAUCAUGUUAGUGUGGUUGUUCAGACACGCCAAAUUCUACCUGCAUAGCUACAACAGAAAACCUCUGGAACAGAUGUUUCCAAAAAUUCAGUUUCUCAGGACAAACAAGGCCAGAAAGCUUCCUUUUAGUAUCACAGUUUAACUGCAAAAUCUAGUUCCAUUAUGCCCUGAACAAAGUUUGAACAAGCCUUCUGCUGCAGACAUAAUCCUGUGACAAACAUGCUGCGGAUUUUCAGAGGAUGAAUUAGCGGAGAAUGGGUUGACACUAAAUCGAGAUUAAGGAGAAGGGUUGACAGUAUUCUCUGUUUCAUCGCCAACAAACGCAAUGAAAUUCUUUAAACUAAUGGAAACUAGACAUUUUGUGUAUGCAAAAACAAUUAAGGGGACUCUUUCAAACUACCAAAUGGUUGGAGUCUCAACAGCCUAAAAUCGUGUCAUGCAGACCGACUACUUGACAGUGUUUCGCUCUGAUGAAGAAGCUACAUUGUCUGCUAAAUGCAUAGAUUACCAAAAACAUUCCUCACCCAUCCAAAUAACUGAAAUUAGGUGUUCCAGUCACUUUGGCCUCAGCAGUAUAAAAUCAAGUGUGUAGGCAUGCAGACUGAUUCAUCAAACAUUUGUGAAAGAGUCUCAGGAGCUGGGUGAACUCCAGCGUGUUGCUGUUACAGGACACCACCUGUGAAACAAGUCUAGUGGUUAAACUUCCUCGCUCCUGAAUAUUCUGCACUAUUGUGACUCCAUGGAAGCGGUGUGGGGUCGGUUCCUCAGUUCCAGUGAAAGGAGCUCUGAAUGUUUUAACAAACCAAGAGGACGGUUCCCUGUUCCCAGCUCUGUGCACACAGCCAGGUCCAUACAGACAUCGACGACGCGGUUUGGUGUGGAUGACCCUGACAGGCCCGACCUCAAACCUAUAGAACAGCUUUGGGAUGAGACUGAGAGCCAGGCCUUAUCAUUCCACAUCAGUGCUUCACCUCACAAAUAAGGCUCUUGAAGAAUGGUCGAAGAUUCCCAUAAACACGCCUGUCAAGGCAGGUGAGCUAAUACUUUCUGAAAUGCAAUGUAUGUCAGACUUUGAAAAUAUUGGUUUAUAGAAUGUCGUCUCAACUGUGUUGUUGCACAAUAAUUGCUCAGCUUUUGCAGUUUUAUUCGUAGAUAUUUUGUUCUCUUUGCCAUGGAUUAUGCUGUAUUAUUAUGAUAGUAAAUUAAUUGCUUUAAAUUUGUUGAAUGUGAAAUCUGUGUAACUUUUCCAGAACAUUCUUUAUGCUUUUAGUGAACACAUAAAUCUAUUCAUCUGAAUUAGUUUAAAGCAUUCAAAGCAAAAAUGUUGCCCCUAAAAUUCAGCAAUUAAACUAAAAUUUCUUCAUGGAAAGCUCUUAGGGCAUUUACUGUGGGCGAUGAUGACAUGUCUGGAAAUUAUGUUGGUGAAAAUAUGUUUUAUAAUUUCAGUUUACUUUUGAUACUUUGUCCAAGUCCAUUUUGAAUUAGUUUUUUUCAUUCAUAAGGAUUGCUCCACAAUCCAGUCUGAUAUUUAUUGUAGU